AUGACCUUCAGUGUGUCAGUUUUUGACAAUUGCGAUGUCUGCCGCAAAGUCUUCAGGUUCAAUUUGAAAGAUUUUGGAUGCUGCGGUCAGAAAGUCUGCCCCAGCUGUUUCUAUGUGACGAUUUGGUGUCGAAAGUGCGAACUUUUUCAUCAUGAGUUCAAAAAGAAAAAUGCAAAAGGCUGCAUUAAACCCAUUGUGAGACGAAGAGGUGUACCAGAAGAAUAUUUCGACUCGCCGGUUAUUGAAAAUGAUCUCAACGAAGCUUUUCACGAGGCUUUCCAUGAGAGGCAUUGCAAAAUCAUCGAGGAUGAGUUGGACGAAGUCAUCCAUCCAGCGCCGAAACAAAAAGAAUCAGUCUUCAACGAAGAAAAGGAUGCUUCUUCUCCUCCACAAUCAAGACACGGCUCCCUUUACAACCGCAUUUACGCUUUCAUCGACAAGAACAAUCCUUUUUCUGGAGAAAGCCUUACAACUGAAAAGCCAUCCCCGAAGAAAAGAAAGAUUGACAUCAACAAUAACGACGAUUGCAUAAUCAUCGAGGAUGAUAAAUCCGAUGAACGCAUCGCUCCUGUGCCUAAACCAAAAACAUCGAUCCUCAAGAAAAGCAAGCGCGUCACUUUCUCAUCUGAUUCUCUUUCUGUUUGCUCGUUUCUCAAAGAAACUGACGAACCUAUGCGUCCAUAUCCAAAAAGAAAUCGCAGAAAAGUCAGCGCUGAUAUUUGA